UUAAAGUUAACUAAUCAAAUUAAGGUAAAAAAAUAAAAAAAACAAUCUAACAAACUAAUAUAAAAUAGCUCAAAAGAAUCAACAAAAAGAGAAACAUGAAAUAAACAGACAAAAAAAUAUUAAUUUGGCUUUCUUUCAUAUUUUAUAUGAUAAAUAUAGCCAACAUUCUUUUAAGUAUAGCUCUUUUUUUGAAUGGCGAAAUGGCUUAUUUUAUUGUCUUUUGGAGUUUGUUCAGUAUUGAUAAAAUAGUCACAUUUAUCUUUGGUGUAAUAGGAAAAGGAAUGUAUGGAUUUGUAUUUUGGAUAAGCGAUAUACUUCAAUUAGGAUUUAUUUUUAUCAUGUAUUCUAAAAAAGUUCCCUUCACUCUUGAAGGAGCUCUUUUGACAAAGCUAUUUGGUAGAAUAUUUCCUUUAAUUAUUUCAGAGUUGAUCAUAUUUUUUGGAUGCGGAUUUUUAUUAAGACCUGAAGUCACUUUGUACGUUUAAAUACUAGCUUAUGUCAAUUAUGUUCUCUUUUUAGUGCUUGCUAUCCUCAUUUUGACUCUUAUUUCUACUUCCUUCCCUAAAAAACUUAAUUGCUUCUUUGAAUAUUUGAUAACUAUAAGUUCAUACUAUCUCACUUUAGCUUCUCUUCUCUAAUUUUAAGAUCUAUUUGGAGUCAACUUAGGAUUUUAUUACUUAUCUUUUUUCCUUAUUAAUAUUGCUAUCUUUUGGAUAGUGACACCUCCUUAAGAAUUGAAAGGUUUAAUGUUCGAAAAUAUAUUCUCCCAAUUUUUAGGUAAUACACUCCUUAAUUCUUACUUUAAUCAUACUAAAGUUGUUGCUAAUAGAAAUACUGCUCUCAUCUAAUGCACGACUGUAGUAAGUUAUCUCAAUUAAUUAGUCAGAAUCUCUCUUCUCCUCAUUUUCAGCUUUGAUUUCUAUGUUGAUACAUUAACAAAACCUAAUUAGUCAAGUAGAAAUAUAAUUUGUUUGACUAAUAUCUUCCUAUCCGCUAUUAUGAGUGCUAUAUAUCUGAUUUACUACUUUAAGCCUGUUCUCAAACAAAUAUUUUGCGUAAAAAUCUUAUUAAUUAGAAAUGUAGUUGAUAUGCAGAGGGCUAUAAAAUAUCUCCAACAAAAAAAUAAACACCUAGAAGUCCUAUACAUUCAGAUUUAUUCCCAUGUAAAUGGAUAAAUUUAAUACUUCCCUCACCAUAAAGUAGUAGAAAUAGAUCACUUUUGUUCAGAAACCUGCUUUUUCUCAUUUAAGCUCCUGCAAGAAAUAGGAAACUAACAGAAUAAAAAAAUUGAAGUUUAUGAUGAUGGUUCAAUUAAAAUUUUUUGUAAGUGCUUCAUGAUGAGACUUCUCUCUGAGCAAUCUAAUAUAAUUCCAUCUAUUUAGAGUGAAAUAUCAUAUAGAAUUUAAAAUAGCACAUAUAUUUUCAGCAAAAUUAUGCUCGAAAGAUAUACCAAUGGUUUUGUUCAAGCUUUAUAUACAUAAAAGAUUCUAAAAUAAAACAUUGAUUUAUUUAAUGUAUCUCCUAUUAAGCAUUUAAGAUCUAAUAUAUUCUCCAUAAACGCUUACUACAAGCAUAUAAAAGACUAAAUGAUUUUCCAACCAAAAAUCAUAUUAUACGACUUAUAUGAAUGAAAAGAUCAAUAAACAAAUUAACAUAAGAAUUAAUUUUGAAAAUUCUUAUUUAUUCUUACUUCUUAUUAACAAUAAUUAAUUUAUCAAUUAUUAUCUAUAAUUAAAUCCUUAUAAUAACUAUUUAAAUUUAUCAUAACUAACUAUAAGUAUAUGAUUUAUUCCAAACUACUUUAUUACAUUUGUGUAUUUUAUAAUUUAAUUAUUCAUAUUUAUUUCAAUUUAUCAAAAUAAAC